CUAAUAAAGGCAAAAGUUCGAUAACUACUACCAUUUGAUAACACACACAAAUAUGCCUUAUUAUCUCUCUCUAGUGUGUCACUUUCGGUGUGUGAGAGAGAAACCAGAUAUGUAAUCGUCAUCAUCAUCUUCAUUGAUCAACGAUACUUAAUCAGAUUCGAGUAUUUUGCAGUAGAAUUAAAUAAUUAAUCAAUUCAACAUAAACAACACAAAUUAAAGCACUCAGAAAGGGGACCAGAGUAGGUGUUUAAAGAGGUUAUGGUGUGGAGAAAAUUAGGGCUAACAACAACAACAAUAAGGAGGAAGAACAGCAAGGUUAAUGUUGUAAUUUCACUUCUUCUGGUGCUGAUUUGCUCAUUGAUGUUUGAUUUAUUCUCCGGUGGUGAUGCUCGUCGGAGAAGUUACGGUUUCGUUGACGGAAAGAGCGACGGAGGUGUAGGUGUGGUUUUUUGGAUGACCGGCGGCGGCGUUGGUGGUGGUAGCGGUGGUGGUUAUGGUUAUGGAUCUCAAUCUAACGCCGGAAUAGCUAUUGCCGUCACGGUGAUGGCUGGACUCGCUGUGGCUGCUACUCUCGUUUACUCUAAUAGGUAAAACAAAAACAAAAACACAUUCAGAUUCAAAAUCGGAUUAUUGAUAGAUCGGUUGAAUUUGAAACCCUAAGUUUGUGAUUUGAGUAUCUAGGGCUCGUAUAGGUUGUUAUAGAUAUAGUUAGGUAUAGAUUUAGUUAAAAACUGGAAAGAUGUUGGCGUCACGGCCUAAACAACAUGUAUUGAGAGUACUCCGGCGGAGUCACACUUCGUCUUCACCGGAUUCGUCUUCUCCGACGCCGUCGUCGUCUCCGUCGUCGUCGUGGAUUCAUUUGCGAUCGGUUUUAUUAGUCGUUGCUUCUUCGUCGUCAUCAUCAUCAUCAUCGUCCUCGCCAAUUUCUACAAAUAGGGGUCAUCUGCAAUCACCUUGGUCGAGAAAGAGAAGAAAACAUGCUGUUCAGCCGAAACAAUGGAGAAGCUUAUUUGAUGAAGAUGGAAGACUAUGUGACGGUGGAGUGAAAUUCUUGAAGAAAGUUAGAAGUGGGGGUGUUCAUCCUAGCUUAAGAGCAGAAGUUUGGACAUUUCUUCUUGGAGUCUAUGAUCUUAAAAGUUCGAAAGAAGAACGAGAUGCCGUGAAAACUAAAAAUAGGAAAGAGUAUGAGAAGCUUAGGAAACAGUGUCAAGAAACUUACAAAUUACGUGAAAAAACCACCGAGAUAAACAAAAUCUGUGAAAGCGACAGCAAGGACGACUGCACAGAUGGUGGUGAAGUUAUUGACCAGUCUAGUCCUGAGAAUCAAACAGACAGCGUUAAACUGGAUGAAGUUGGUGACGGAAACGAAAUCGCUUGCAAAAGCGAAAGUGAGUCGUCUGAUUCCGACUCAUCUGAAGAAUGUGAUGGCACGGGCCCCGAAAAAACCACACAAGAAUCCGAUACUACUUCCUCAAACACGGAAGGUAAAACCAUAAAUCCACACAAGUCAGAAAGUUUCGCCACAUGGCAGCGAAUCAUUCGCCUGGACGCCAUCCGUGCAAACGACGAAUGGAUCGUUUACACACCGUCUCAAGCAGCAGUGGAUUCCGCUAAAGCACACGAGUUAGCCGAGAGUGUAUGCCUCAAGGACUACACUCAUCUGGAAGCGUGUAGAAUCUUCCACGCUGCACGUUUAGUUUCAAUUCUAGAAGCAUACGCUUUGUACGACUCGGAAAUCGGUUACUGUCAAGGAAUGAGCGAUUUACUUUCGCCGAUUAUUUCAGUUGUAGAAGACGACAGUGAAGCCUUCUGGUGUUUCGUCGGUUUCAUGAAAAAAGCCCGCCAUAAUUUCCGACUCGAUGAGGUGGGGAUCAGGCGGCAGUUGAACAUAGUGUCAAAGAUCAUCAAGGGGAAAGACUCGCAUCUAUACCGCCACCUGGAGGAGAUGCAGGCGGAGGAUUGUUUCUUUGUGUACAGAAUGGUGGUGGUUCUGUUCAGAAGAGAGCUCAACUUCGAACAAACAUUGUGUCUGUGGGAGGUGAUGUGGGCGGAUCAGACCGCCAUUAGAGCGGGGAUUACAAAAUCGGGUUGGGGGAAGAUGAGGCUGCGGGCCCCACCGACGGAUGACCUGUUGCUGUAUGCAAUAGCGGCGUGUGUAUUACAACGGAGGAAGCAAAUUAUAGAGAAGUAUAGCAGCAUGGAUGAGAUAUUGAGAGAGUGUAAUAGCAUGGCUGGACAUUUGGAUGUUUGGAAGCUUCUAGAUGAUGCACAUGAUUUGGUUGUAACCCUCCAUGACAAGAUUUAGGAGCGGUUAGUUGGUUAUCUUUAUUUUUUAUUUCUUACUGUUUUUCGUUAUCUAUUUUUAAUUUACGUUUCACCCCCUUCCACUUGCAUCUACAUCUCGUUUCAAUAAGUUACUUGAACUUCUGUCUUUUCUGUGCCCGCACUCUGUCGAGUGAUGGUGGCUUGUUUCUAAAACAUGUCGGCUCUUGUCUUAAUGUCGAGAAAUUAGAAAAAAAAUACGUUUACAUGUGUUUUUGUUA